AUGUAUCUUCAAGGGCUGGUUUUUGAAGGUGGUGGGGAGAAGAAAGGGAUAUUGGAUGGGAUUGUUGGGAUGGAAGGAAUGUUGGGAAGCGAAGUUGCCGGCAGGGGCGGGAAGCUCGGCUUCGGGAGAUUGGGGAUGCUUGGGAUGCUUGGAAGCGGAGGCAGAGUGCCUGGUUUAGGCAGAGAUGGCUGUGUCGUUGGCAGCGUGGGCAAAGGAGGAGGUGGGGAUAGGAAAGGGAUGGAUGGGAUUGUGGGGAUGGAGGGAAUAUUUGGAAGUGAUGUCGCCGGAAGAGGAGGAAAGCUCAGCUUCGGGACGGCGGGGAUGGUUGGGAAGCUUGGAAGAGGAGGCAAAGUUGGCUUAGGCAGCUGA